CCAAACCAACACAGCCUAACCACCCCACCUUGUGCAAAACACAACCCUGCCCCUCCUGUUGCCAGGGGAAGGCAGAUGCCCGAGUCCCAACUCAAGUGUGAGUACUGGGGACCCGGGACUAGACCUCGGACUCCCUCCGCCUUGGGCCAGAGUUCUGUCAGGGUCGCUCUACACCCCGUAUAGGGGUGGGACAUGGCCCAGCCUGCUUGCCCUUGCUUCCCAGAGAUGGAACCGAAGGAUGAGAAGCCUUCUGUGGACGGGGCACCUGUCUCCCCCACAGCAGACGACACGGACAAGUCCAGAGGUGGUGGCUCUACAGAGGAAGAUGCUGGGGUGGCAGCCAGGAAGACCCCCAAAGAGAGGCCUCCAGAGAGGAAAGGAGAGCAGGAGAAAGCACCAGAUGAAGAUGGCAUGUCCAUGGAGCUCCAGGGGGAAGGAAACGGUCCAGAUGAGGUCAAGGUGGACUCCCAAGGUGAGUCUGGAAGGAAAGAAGACGCCAAGGCUGAACCUCCUGAGAAGGAGCCUGCGAAGGACACAAACACAGCUGCCUUCCAGGAGAUGACUGAGCGCAAAGAAGAGGCCCGAUCAAAACCCAAGGAGGCUGAGGACAAGAAGGAGGCCACCCCGGUCUCUGAGAAGCAGGAGGCUGAUGAGAAAAAGGCCAACGCUGGACCUGCGGAAGGAGCAGCUGUGAAUGACACGGACAAGCCUGGAUCCAAGGAACACACCAUGACCUCUGAGAAGCAGAACACCUCUGAGAAAGAGGCCAAGGCUGGACCUGCGGAAGGAGCAGCUGUGAAUGACACGGACAAGCCUGGAUCCAAAGAGGCUGGACAGGAAGAGGCUGCCCUGCCCUCUGAGAAGCAGGACACCUCUGAGAAAGAGGCCAAGGCUGGACCUGCGGAAAGAGCAGCUGUGAAUGACACGGACAAGCCUGGAUCCAAGGAACACACCGUGACCUCUGAGAAGCAGGACACCUCUGAGAAAGAGGCCAUGCCUGGACCUGCCGAAGGAGCAGCUGUGAAUGACACAGACAAGCCUGGAUCCAAAGAGGCCACUACAGCUGCCGGGGAGGAGAGCCACAAGGUGCAGGAGCCCCCAGCAGAGGCCAGGGAGAAAGCUGCGGAUGCCGAGGCUGAGGCCGAGCUGAAAUCUCAGCAGACAGCAGUCGCCAGAGACCAGGCCGAGGCUGAACCAGAGGAGGCUGGCAAGGAGUGUGACGCUCAGGAGGGGGUGAUGGGCAGCCCCUCUACAGAGCAGGAUGUGGAGAAAAGGCCGGAAGAGGGGGCUGGGGGAGUUCCCAGCUCCCCCGAAGAGGGGCCUGAGAGCCCCACCGAGGGCCUCAGCCCAGAUGGGCUGGGUCCAGCUUCUGGAGAGACCAGCCCUUCAGCCAGUGAGUCGUCACCCAGCGAUGUGCCCCAGAGUCCCACGGAGCCCUCUGCCCCAGGGGAGAAGAAGGAGAAGGUACCAGAGCGCAGGGUGUCGGCGCCUGCCCGGCCCAGAGGCCCCCGAGCACAGAACCGCAAAGCCAUUGUGGACAAGUUUGGCGGGGCAGCUUCGGGCCCCACCGCCCUUUUCCGGAACACAAAGGCAGCCGGGGCAGCCAUCGGUGGAGUCAAGAACAUGCUGCUGGAGUGGUGCCGGGCCAUGACAAGAAACUACGAGCACGUGGACAUCCAGAACUUCUCCUCCAGCUGGAGCAGCGGCAUGGCCUUCUGCGCCCUCAUCCACAAGUUCUUCCCAGAUGCCUUUGACUACACAGCGCUGGACCCCGCCAAGCGACGGCACAACUUCACCCUGGCCUUCUCCACGGCAGAGAAACUGGCCGACUGUGCCCAGCUGCUCGAGGUGGAUGACAUGGUGCGGCUGGCGGUGCCCGAUUCCAAGUGUGUCUACACCUACAUCCAGGAGCUGUACCGCAGCCUCGUGCAGAAGGGACUGGUCAAGACCAAGAAGAAAUGAGCUGACAGGCCCAUGGGCAGGCUGCCCAGCUGACCAAUGGAGGCCUGGGCAGGCAGCAGAGCCUGGGCUCAGGCCCAGGCAAGGGCAGCUGGCAGAGGUCUUAACUGUAUUAAAAGGACUUUUGUACAAUUCUGGCUGGCCCCUUGUUGCUCUCUCCUUUCAAUCCGGGAGCCUCUGUGCUCUGGGAUGACACACCCUGGC